GAACGGCGGGGCGCAGCCGGCCGGGCCUCAGCGGGGAUGCGCCGCGGAUGCCGGAGAGGAGGUGUUAAAGUUACUGUGUGACUGAGCAGCCAGUUUGGACUUCUCUGCAAAGAUACCAUGGCCAUGGGAAGGUGAAAUUCAGCUGAGUUUAAACUCUUUUGGCGCUCCAUAAGCUGUGAAACAGAAGAAUGCAGAAGAGUAUCCCUUGCCUUUUAGUACAUGAAUGAUAAGAGCACAAGAUCAUUACUGCAAGUUUUCUGCGAAGAUGAGUUCGGAGGAGAAGAGUAUAUCUCCUGCUCACAAAACAUCCACUCCAUCACAUAGAAGUGCCUCCUGUUCAUCAUCAUCUCAGAGGGAUAGGAGACAGAGCAUUAAUAUUUUGGAACGGAAGGCUUCUUCGGGAAGCACAGACCCUUCCUUAAGCAAGCAGUUCCUUGAAACAGACCCUAUCUCUCUGUCCAAGGAGCCUGACAGUUGGGAAAUCAUAGAGGGUCUGAAAAUUGGCCAGACUCAUGUACAGAAGCCAGACAAACAUGAAGGCUUCAUGCUGAAAAAGAGAAAAUGGCCCUUAAAAGGUUGGCACAAGAGGUUUUUCGUCCUGGAUAAUGGACUAUUAAAAUAUUCGAAGUCACCAAUUGAUAUACAGAAGGGCAAAGUACAUGGAAGCAUUGAUGUAGGCUUAUCAGUUAUGUCCAUUAAGAAGAAGGCUCGCAGAAUAGAUCUUGAUACGGAAGAGCACAUUUAUCAUCUGAAGGUAAAGUCCCAGGAUACAUUUGAUGCAUGGGUUUCAAAAUUACGCCACCACCGGUUGUACCGUCAGAAUGAGAUUGUGAGAUCUCCGAGAGAUGCCAGCUUCCAUAUAUUCCCCUCAGCCUCGACUACAGAGUCUUCACCAGCUGCUAAUGUACCAGAUGGAAAGGUACAACAAAAUAGCUUCCCAUGGCAGUCUCCUAUACCUUGCAGUAACAGCCUUCCUGCAACCUGCACUACUGGACAGAGUAAAGUAGCAGCCUGGUUGCAGGACUCAGAAGAGAUGGACAGAUGUGCAGAAGAUCUUGCUCAUUGUCAGUCAAACCUUGUGGAACUCAGUAAACUUCUUCAAAAUUUAGAAAUACUACAGAGAACUCAGUCUGCACCAAAUUUCACAGACAUGCAGGCUAACUGUGUAGAUAUUUCAAAGAAAGACAAGCGGGUCACAAGACGAUGGAGAACAAAAAGUGUCAGCAAAGAUGCAAAAAUUCAACUUCAGUCCAACUCUUCUGGAGAUAACAUUAGCGAAGUACCUAGCUAUAUAAGUCUCUGGCAUACACAGGAAGGGCCGGCACCGAAGGGCCAGUUCAGCACAACACGACGCCGGCAGAGACUAGCAGCUGCAGUGGCUACAACAGUCCCUUUCAGUGCCACAAUGUCCCCAGUUCGGCUGCAUUCGUCCAAUCCCAACCUUUGUGCAGAUAUCGAGUUCCAGACCCCCCCAAGCCAUGUAACAGAUCCUCUGGAGUGCUCUACAGAGUACAUGAAGCUUCAAGAAGAAUUCUGCCUGAUGGCACAAAAAGUGCAUUCGCUUUUGAAGUCUGCCUUCAACAGCAUAGCUAUAGAGAAGGAGAAGCUUAAGCAGAUCGUCUCGGAACAGGAUCUUACAGGUCACAAUGCUCAAAUAGCACACCUCAGACAGUCCCUUUCUCAGGCUCUCAACCAGAAUGCUGAACUAAGGAGUCGCUUGAACAGAAUACAUUCAGAAUCUGUUAUUUGUGAUCAGGUUGUCAGUGUAAAUAUUAUCCCUAGCCCUGAUGAGGUGUGUCUGACUGAAAAAGAGUUUCCAAGAGGAUCCCAGACGGGUGAACAAAUUCAUGUCAGUUUGCCGUUGUCUCAGCAAGUUUCUAAUGAGAGCAGGCUCUCUAUGUCUGAAUCGGUGUCGGAGUUCUUUGAUGCACAGGAGGUGCUUUUGUCUGCUAGCUCGUCAGAAAAUGAGGCUUCUGAUGAUGAAUCUUACAUCAGUGAUGUGAGUGAUAAUAUAUCUGAGGACAACACCAGUGUUGCAGACAUUUCUCGGCAAAUUGUCAAUGGUGAACUGACUGGAGGAGCGUUCAGGAAUGGACGGCGAACUUGUCUCCCAGCUCCCAGCCCUGACACCAGUAACAUCAAUCUAUGGAAUAUUUUGAGAAAUAACAUUGGUAAAGAUCUUUCCAAAGUAUCCAUGCCAGUUGAGCUAAAUGAGCCUCUGAACACCUUGCAACAUCUUUGUGAAGAGUUGGAGUAUAGUGAACUCUUGGACAAGGCUGCUGAAACGGAUGAUCCUUAUGAACGCAUGGUUCUCAUAGCUGCUUUUGCAGCAUCGGGUUAUGCCUCUACGUAUUUCAGAGCAGGAAGCAAGCCGUUUAACCCUGUGCUUGGUGAAACUUAUGAAUGUAUUAGAGAAGACAAAGGAUUUCGAUUUUUUUCCGAGCAGGUUAGCCACCAUCCUCCCAUUUCAGCCUGCCACUGUGAAUCGAAGAACUUUGUGUUUUGGCAAGAUAUCAGGUGGAAAAACAAAUUUUGGGGGAAAUCAAUGGAAAUUCUUCCAGUUGGAACCUUGAAUGUGACUCUUCCAAAGUAUGGAGACUACUACGUCUGGAACAAAGUCACUACUUGCAUACAUAAUAUCCUUAGUGGAAGGAGGUGGAUAGAACACUAUGGAGAGAUAACAAUCAGGAACACAAAAAGCAGCGUUUGUAUUUGUAAACUCACAUUUGUCAAGGUAAACUACUGGAAUUCAAAUGUAAAUGAAGUCCAGGGAGUUGUGAUAGAUCAAGAAGGGAAGGUAGUGCAUCGCCUCUUUGGAAAGUGGCAUGAAGGUCUUUAUUGUGGUGUAGCACCUUCAGCCAAAUGCGUGUGGAGGCCAGGCUCCAUGCCAACCAACUAUGAACGGUAUUAUGGCUUCACAAGAUUUGCUAUUGAGCUCAAUGAAUUAGAUCCUGUACUGAAACAUCUUCUUCCAACAACAGAUGCACGAUUCAGGCCGGAUCAAAGGCUUCUAGAGGAAGGAAAUAUAGAAGCAGCAGCAUCAGAGAAGCAAAGAAUAGAAGAACUCCAGAGAAGUCGGAGGCGGUACAUGGAAGAAAACAGCAUUGAAUAUGUACCCAAGUUUUUUAAAAAAGUUAUUGAUGCUAAUCAAAGAGAAGCCUGGGUUACCAAUGAAACCUACUGGGAACUGCGAAAGGAUCCGGGAUUUAGUAAAGUAGAAAUUCCUGUACUCUGGUAAACUGAGAAUGUAGAUCUAGUAAACAUAUCAACUCUCUGAAGAAAAAAAAUAACUAUGCACAAUAUGUUUCUUAUAGAUAAGUGUGGUUUGUGGGUCUAUGGAAAAACCUAUCAUUUGCAUUUAUUUUCAUCUUUAUAAUGGACUUUUGAAAGUGCAUUAGACCAGGCCCCUGACCACUUCUGGAUCUUUUUAAUUUUGCAGCAGCCAUUAAAAAAAAAAAAAAAAAGAAAAAAAAAAAAAAGAAAGAAAAAGGAACAAAUAAAAACCUUUUGAAGUUUCAUACAAUGAAAAUUCAGAAGAGAAGCAGAUGAGUUAUCCAAAGUCACUUGGAGGAGGCGGUUAGUCCUUUGGUGUCCUGUGCUUGGACUGGGCCUUGUCAAAACAUGCUUUUCUGAAAGCUGUUCCCAUUCAUAUGCCAUUGUUCAUGCCUUAAAGGAAAUACCAAGAUGUACAGGAGAGACUACAAUGGAGAGCAGUGGAACCAGAGACAUCAGUUCUGUCAGUGGCAUCCUUGUAGCAGAACAGAAAAAAUUCAAGCAUCUGCAGAUUAAAAUGUCAUAGCAGCUGUUAAAUCUGUUUCAGGCAGGUUGUUAAUACCAUUUCUCUUUCUAGUGUUCCAUGACAGUAUGAGCAAAGGGAGGAUUGGUGACAUUUGCUCAGAAUUGAUUCUGAAGCUGCUGUGAUCUGCGUUCUGAUUAUUGACAUAAGAAACACCUUGGAGUACGACUUUCAAAUGACUUGUUUGUAAGCAGAAUGUAUAACUGAUGUCAUCCAAACCUUACAUGUUCUGAGCCUGGUUGCACCCAGAGCUAAUUCAGUUAUAGGAUUCUUUUAGAAGAAUAGUUCAGAUUUCACAUUUCUGUGGAUGGGAUCUGUGUUUUGUUGCUGAAUACCUUGCCAAGCCAGCCUCUCUUCAGUGACUUGCUCAGCAAAAGUGCUAGCAAAAUCAAAUACUUAGUUUCUUUUCUCUAUGCCGGCUGCCAUGGGUGUAUUUCCUCCCUCAGGGCAGAAAUGAGACUAACUAGUAGCUCAAAUGUUGCAACUACCUUAGUAUUCUUGAGCAAGUUUUCUGCUCUGAAACGUUUUCAAAAAGUGACCUUUUCUUGGACCGUAAGUGGAUGGCAAAUUCUGGUAAGGACAUCUCAGUUGUCUUCCAGUUGUUUUUUGUUGAUGUUUCUGAUAAAAUUUAAGGUAUGGAUUUUCUUUUAUGUACAGUAUUUCUGAGGCGUUUCACUUAGUCAAAGAAACUGCACUGACAACACAAGGACACACCAAAUCAGUUCUACUUCAGGAACUCAUUUCACUUAAAUGCUGAUCAGCCAGCCCAGUACAACAGUAUUAGUUAGGCUGCUUCUUAUGUUUGGUGGUAAAGAGGUUUUUUUUAUGUCAUCUGUCUGUAAAUGCUUAGUAUCUGUAAACUGCUCAGGUAUCCUCUCAUCUACAUGUGGGGGAACAAAAAAAAAAAGAGACUGGAUGAGGAAGUGUUUUUGUAGCAUGAAAAGAAACAACCUAAGUAAGAGCAGGUGUAGCUAUGAAAGAGGAUGCUGAAUUCUUGCAUGCCGUACAAACACCUACAUCAUUUAACCUGUUCGUAAAUACUCUCCAUGUAAAGAUCUAAGAGUACUUUACAGUACCAGUUAGUUUUUACAGGAUCCUACUUGAGAAAAUGAUGUCUUACCAAAGCCGCAUAUAGUGGCUUUCAUGGAGUGAUGUUAAUCACAGUGCAGCCAGCAGCAAUGCUAAAAAUAAAUGCUGCUGAGAUGAAAGCAUAACAAGAAGCACAAUGUCUGUGCUGAAGGGAAUGUUGUGGAGAGCUAACUGCCCCGGUGCCCAUCUGGCAGACAAGCACAGUUAGUUUGAAUUGUAUCACAGCAUGGAAAUCCUUUGGUUUGUAGUUUUUCUUUGAAUGUUGUGACACCACAGCUACAGUUCUACGUCCUCACGGAGGUUGAGUUUCAAGGCCACAGAGAUGUCCUCCAAUGCAGUGUGCCCACCCACAGAUGCUGGCUGAAAGGUUUAACCCAUGGAGCAGCAUCCCUCAAAGGAAAGGCAGUGAGUGUCAUACGGCAGCUUGGAUAAAAGCACUUCAAGAAGAGAGAGAAAAUAUUUGUCCAUAAGAGAAAAUGGAGAGCCAGCACAAUGAAGUGGGAAGAAUGUUAACAAUUUACCAAGCUUGAUGAGAAUGCAGAGCAGAACUGUUAAGAGUCUUCAGCCACUGUCAGGGGAUGCUGACUCCACCAUCUCUCUAGAAGACAUUUUUC